AUUUUCUUGGUCAUUCACAUUAACCGAGAAUCUUCUCUCGGCUUUGAUCUUCUCAAACUCAACAGAUCUAUUGUCUAAUGUGGAUCAUGGGAAACGAUAUCCGAGCCCUGUGGUCUUUGGUGCAAAUCAGCGAAAUCCUGAAAGUCACCAUUUAUUAGAAAACAAAACUAGAACUAUUUUUGCAAAUUGUGUUUCCCCCAAUGACAUUUGGAUGGGACAUGACGUAAAAUGGUGUAGUCUUACUCCUAAUAAAUUAAUGUUUGCAGAAAAUUCAAUUCAUGAAAUGCAACAAAAUUUGCAUUAUGGCGGGUUACUAGGUGGUGCAGAUUCUGAAAAGCCCAAAUCAACACAAUCGAAACUCUCGAGUUUGCAUAGCCAGUUGGAUUCCACUAAUGAUAUGUUUUCAACUAGAACGACAAAUGAACAUAAACGUUUCUCAGUCAGAAUUAAUAAUAAUAUUGAUAGCCAGCUCAACGUAGGAGAGUCUUCAUUUUCGAAACCUGAGAUACGCUCAUCUGAACUAUCACUGUCAUCUCUGGCUCAGUUGAAUAUGAAACAAUCAAUUAGGCCAUCAUUAUCUAGCAUGGCAACAAAUACCACGUUAAAAUUAGAGUCAUCCAAAUCUCAAACUUCUUCUAGCUUGCAGUUGAACAGUCAAGCUCCAUCUUUAUCAUCUCUAGCUCAAAAAUCUAUUUUACAGUCUUCUGGACGUGUUUCUUUAACUAGACUUGCGUCAAAAAAAUUAGAUAAUAGAUCCCCAUUGCAAAAAACAAUGACCCCUAUAAUUUCCAAACAAUCAAAAACUUUAUCAUCUGAUACAAAUUGCUUGCAUGAUUCAACAACAUUAUCUUCAUCAAGCGAAAUAGUUAAUGAGGUGUCUCAGACUAUAAUGAAUGACCAAAUUUCAGAAAUUACUCAAUCUAAGGAAUUCAUUCAGAAUUCACAUCAAUUAUUAUUAAAUCCUCAUAUUGCACCGCCAUCCAUUUUCGCUACUUCCAUAUUUGAACAACUUCAAGAUAAUCUAGUGCCUUCUAAUGAUUUAAUUACUUUUGAACUUAACACAGCAGGCUCAAACAAUAGUGGGUUUGCUUUUAAUACACCAAGCCCUGAUGAUACUGCUUUGAAGGCACAACGUCAAAGAAAUACUGGUACAUUAAAAGGUAUUUUAAUCCUUUUUGUCAUAUUCCAACCAUUUUAUAUUAUUAAUAUCUUGUUUAUUUAAUGAUUAGAUAAAGCCAAACAAGAUGUUUCUUCUACAUCAUCAAAUGCUUCAGCAUCAAGUCCCAUAUUAAAAACAGCACAAAAGCCAGAAUCCAAAGAAAAACAACUUACAACUGUUUUACUUGAAGAAGAUAACGGCGCUGAAGUUUUAUAUGAUAAUAAUGUUGAUAAACAACUGAGAUUUGAUAUG